AUGUGCUUGCUGCACAAUUCCAUCCUGCGCGGAUACAACUCCAUCUACAACCAAGCCAACGGCAUCCAAGAGGCCGACAAGGCCGAUUUCAUCGGGUAUUCUCAAGCUUGGUUUAAAUUCGUUAAAUCACACCACGACGAUGAGGAAGUCUCGCUCUUCCCCAAGAUCGAGGACCUCUUGAAGGACAAGGAUGUCUUUGCCGGCACCCACAAGGAGCAUGAGUCUUUCCUUGGUGGUCUCGGCGAAUUCAACAAGUACCUUUCCUCGCUGUCCUCGCCCUCUGACUUCUCCGGCACCAAGCUCCAGGAAAUCAUGAAGACCUUUGAGGGAGCGUUCCAAAACCACUUCCACAGCGAGAUCCGAACCAUCGCCAACCUUGCCGAUCACCCGAACGCGCCGAAAGAGGGAACACCCGAGGCCGCAAACGCAAGCCUGACGUUCAAGACGUGGGGCAAGAGCACCGUGACCAAGGCCGGCACGGCGGAUGUGGUGCCGUUUUUCCUGCUCAACCUCGACCGCACGGCGGAGGAAGGAAUGUGGGCGAACUGGCCGCCCAUGCCGGCGCCGAUCAAGUGGGGUCUGAUCAAUAUCGCUGGUGCAUGGCACUGGGGCUGGUGGAAGUUUGCCAGCUGCGACGCGUCGGGCCACCCGAGAGAGCUGUAUGCGUUGCAGACGGUGCAGCUCGAGGACAAACCAAAGGCCGAACUAUAA